AUGUCCGCAGGAGUCCCUGCAGGGAUCAAAACUAGCUGUAACUUGGUUAGCAACCCAGGAGUGUGGACAACCGACGACGCAUCCAACCAUCAGUCAACGGAGAAUGGACAAGUACUGGUGUCGCAGCCAAGAAUCCCCUCUUGCAUGGGAAUGUCAACAGCCAUUGAAAUGCAAAGCAACUUCACCAUCCAAAUUAAAUUCUUAAUUGUGCCUCUAGAUAAUUUCAAUCAAAAUGCAAGAUCCAAAAUUGUUGUCUACUUGGUAACAGAGGGCGGGCAGGAGCCACCGAUUACUUUUGAUCAAUCAGCAAUUGUGCCUGGCUGGCAGGAAGUGACAAUUCAAGUUUCUAGCAGUGGACUUAAAUUCCCAGGAAAUUACAUGGUUGAAAUUGCAUCACAGACUACACGUGUAGGUGUUGAAUACACUGCGAUUCAAUGGUUCAGUGUUUCUGAUGAAAAACUUACACCAACUACAACCCCUGCACCGACAACCACCCCUUCCUCUCCUCCUACAACCCUUCCAACCACCGCUCUCCCAACAACUACCACUUUGGCCCCUCCUACAACUACAACCCAGCAAACCACCCUUUCCCUAACGACAUCAGCUCUUACAACUACAAAUUUGGAAACCAGCCCUCUGCCAACCACAGCAACUCAAGCACCUACAACUACAACCCCUGAGCCAACUACCACUUCAUCUCCUACAACCCAAUCAACCUCUCCGCCUUUUGCAAAUACAAAACCGACAAUUCUUGAAACAACCCCUGUGAGCAUAGUUUCUCCUCCAGUGACCACACCACCCCCUCCAGGAUCGAGUGCUUCAAAUAGAAACACUUUCCCAGAACUCUGGAGCUUGCUGCUUGGCAUUGCGAUCGGUAUCACAGGAAUGUGCAUUGUAUACUUUUCCACCCUUUGCUGUUGGUGGUUAAUUGUGGCACUCAGGAAACCGCGCGAGGCUGUUAACGCCAAAUUUGUGCUACCCAGACUGGAGGUUGUAUCAACUUCAAGCCAUAAAAGCAUUACCGGCUCUUUCAGCUCGCAGACAAACGCAGACCCUUUUUGGCUAAAAAGUAAGCAGUGGUCGCAUAUUCCCUGA